AUCAUGAUUCUAACUAGAUUAUGAAUCUUGUUUUAAACGAUGAGAUGGUGAUUACUAUCCCUAGGAUAAUUCACGUGUAAUUUUCGUUUUCGAUCUUCAACCCUCUUUCUAAUAAAAAAAUUGAAAUAUAUUUACACCGUCAACCAAUACCAAAUAUAUUUUCCAUCACUCCGCCCAACUUUCCAUAAAACAAAAAAGUUUCCACAAACAAAAAUAUUUUGAUGAUGAGAAAAAGAAAAGACAAGAAAAGUAGAAGAUGAAAAGGAAGGAGCAGAAGAAGAGGGUACUCACUCUUGCUUGAAUCCACCAUCUCCUAACCCUUUAUCGAUUUGCUUCAUCAAACAUAAAACCCAACCCUUAAUCACAUCAAAUCAACCUAACCUAACCUCUAUUACUUUCAUAGAUUACACUGAAAGCUACCAUAUACAAUAAUAUAAAAUCAAAUUAACAGAUCCAUUUCUCAUCUCAUUCUUCAAAAAUCUCACUUUUCUUCUAUUUUCUCAAACAACACACAAAACCCUUCUGAUCCGUCAUGAAAUUAUUUCUGGGUCUGUUUCUUUGUGCGUUUUCUGUGUGUUGUUCUUCUGCUACUUUUUCUAGGUCACGUCGUUCGAUCCUUCGUGAGGUUAACGAUAAAGAUCAAACUGGUGUCGAUCAUGAUUAUGCCGUUGAACUUAAUGCCACUAAUUUUGAUUCUGUUUUGAAAGAUACUCCUGCUACCUUCGCUGUUGUUGAAUUCUUUGCCCAUUGGUGCCCUGCUUGCAGGAAUUAUAAGCCUCACUAUGAAAAGGUUGCAAGGUUAUUUAAUGGAGCUGAUGCAGUGCAUCCAGGAAUCAUAUUAUUGACAAGGGUAGAUUGUGCACUAAAGAUAAAUACUAAGCUCUGUGAUAAGUUUUCUGUUGGUCAUUAUCCUAUGCUGUUUUGGGGCGCUCCUCCUAAAUUUGUAGGUGGUAGUUGGGAACCAAAACAAGAGAAAAGUGAUAUACAUGUGAUUGAUGAUGCACGGACAGCUGAUCGGUUGCUCAAUUGGAUAAACAAGCAAACGUCCAGUUCAUUUGGUCUGGAUGAUCAGAAGUUUCAAAACGAGCAACUUUCAUCUAAUGUAUCAGACCCCGAACAGAUUGCAAGAGCUAUCUAUGACGUUGAAGAGGCAACUUCUAUAGCUUUUGACAUCAUCUUAGAGCACAAGAUGAUAAAACCAGAAACGCGGGCUCCGCUUAUAAAGUUUCUUCAGCUUUUGACAGCUCAUCAUCCUUCUAGGAGAUGCCGGAAGGGCGCCGGAGAAUUACUUGUGAGCUUUGAUGACUUGUACCCAACAGAUUUUUCGUCAUCUCAGAAGCAAGAUGAUGAUAAAAGUCAAGUUACAAACUUUCAGAUUUGCGGAAAAGAGGUGCCACGUGGAUACUGGAUGUUUUGCCGUGGAAGUAAAAAUGAAACCAGAGGCUUUAGCUGUGGCUUAUGGGUUCUUCUACAUUCACUCUCUGUGAGGAUUGAGGAUGGAGAGAGUCAGUUUACAUUUAAUGCAGUAUGUGAUUUUGUUCACAACUUCUUCGUCUGUGAGGAAUGCCGACAGCAUUUUUACAAGAUGUGUUCAAGUGUUUCUAGUCCUUUCAACAAAGCCCGCGACUUUGCUCUCUGGUUAUGGAGUUCCCAUAACAAGGUAAAUGAAAGGUUGAGUAAAGAAGAAGCUUCUUUAGGUACUGGUGAUCCCAAAUUCCCAAAGACAAUUUGGCCUCCAAAGCAGCUUUGCUCUUCCUGUUACCUUGGCCAUGACCAGAAAAGCAACAAAAUUGAAUGGAACCAGGAUGAGGUCUACAAGGCUCUGAGAAAUUAUUACGGCACAACACUUGUAUCUCUGUAUAAAGAAAAGGGUAUUGUUGGAAAUGAAGGAACUGAAGGAGCUGCACUUGAAGAUUUAAUAGUCGCAUCAAAUGCAAUUGUGGUGCCUGUGGGAGCUGCUUUGGCAAUUGCUGUCGCUAGCUGUGCCUUUGGAGCACUUGCUUGCUACUGGCGUUCACAGCAAAAGAGUCGGAAGCCAAGGAGAACAUGGAAUUAGGAAUAGCAGACACAUACACAGAAAAUCAUAUGCAUAGAAGCUUUUGUAGACAUCCAAUUUGAAUUUAUUGUUAUGUUCCUUUGAGUAAAUUAUCCUUUCUUGAUAGAAUGUACAAAGUAUACAAUUGUUGAUCUUGGUGAUCAUUACUCAUUUGUGCUACUUUCUUUUGGAGGGAAAGGAGCACAUAAGGUGUAACAUUUUUGCUUUGUAAUUUUGGAUUUUAAAUUUUAUCAUCAAAGUAACUGUAUACAUUAUAAAGACGAAUUGGAUUAUUUUUCUCGUUCACUGUUUACCAAAUAGUUGAUCUA